AUGAAUAUGUUCACGAAAGGACUUUCCAAGGCCAAGGAGGGAGCCGUAGCUGCUGCUGACAAAAAAAAACAAGAUGUGGCAGCAAGAAAGAUAAAAGAUGUUCUCUAUGUUGGUUCCAAAACCAAGGAAGGAGUAACCAAAGUGACUGAGAAGACUAAAGAGCAAGUGACAAAUGUUGGCAAGGCAGUGUUGAUAGGAGUGACAGCAGUGGCCCAGCAGACAGUGGAGGGAACAGGAAGCAUUGCAGCAGUCACCAGUUUUGGCAAAAAGGAUAUAUUGGGCAAGGAUGAAGAAGGAGCUUCACAGGGAGGAAUCCUGGAAGAUAUGCCCAUGGAUCUUGAGAAUGAGACAUAA